CGUCCGGCGGAUGUUGAUCUGGCGCCGAGGACUACGGCCGGCGCGAUGGCGUCCGGUGACGGGAAGCCGGGCUGCAUAUUCGACCACCACGUCCAGACGGCGGUGUGUGACUCGCGGGCCAAAUACCGGGAGGGCCGACGCCCUCGUGCGGUCAAGGUAUAUACAAUCAAUUUGGAAUCUCAGUACUUAUUGAUACAAGGCGUUCCUGCAGUGGGAGCCAUGAAGGAAUUAGUUGAGCGAUUUGCUCUGUAUGGUGCGAUUGAACAGUAUAACGCUCUAGAUGAAUACCCAGCUGAAGAAUUUACAGAAGUUUAUCUCAUUAAAUUUGUGAAAUUACAGAGUGCAAGGAUAGCUAAGAAAAAGAUGGAUGAACAGAGUUUCUUUGGUGGGUUACUUCAUGUGUGCUAUGCUCCAGAAUUUGAGACAGUUGAAGAAACUAGAAAAAAAUUAGAAGAGAGAAAGGCUUAUAUUGCAAGAGCUACUAAGAGCAAAGACUACCACAUGACAAAGAAGAAACUGGCUCCAGAGCAAAGAGGAACAAAAGAUUCUAGACAAGAUCUCCAUCCACAUACGCCUGGACUCUGUGCACCUGCUCUGAGCACUUCCCCGGAGAGUUCGAGUCCUUGUCCCCCUUAUUCUUGUGACUUGCCUUUAUGCUAUUUUGCCUCCCAAAGCACGUGUUUACCUGGGGAACGUGUGGACAGAGCAUCAAAUUCUCGCAGUAGCAGUAGGAACCAUAGUGAACUAUCAAAGCAUUGUAACUACAGUGCCUUUCUCCCAAAACUACAGAUGAACACUUACAGUAAUUCACUACCUUGCUCUAGUGUGCAGGAGGCCAUUACUACCUCAGAGUCAGUUGGCAGAUUUAUGCCUAGGACAACACAGCUGCAGGAGAGGAAAAGAAGGAGAGACUGUGCUCGCGAGCUUGGAACUUUUCCUGAAACAGACACAGGCAGUAACGAGCCUGUGAUUGGACCUAAGUUACCAGGUAUUCCCACAGUGGAUCUGCAGGAUGAUUCCUUGAAUACAACAGCAAACUUAAUUCGGAGUAAACUUAAAGAGGUGAUUUCAUCUGUGCCAAAGCCUCCAGAGGACAGAUUGGAAGAUGUGCAUCCAAGUCACCCACGAAAACAAAGAAGAAGAAUAUAGCUUGCUAGCCAUUUAGUCUUGUUUUCUCUUUCUUUUUUCGCUUUGAGCCAGGGUCUCACUGGGUAGCCCUGACUGGCCUGGAACUUGCUAUGUAGACCAGGCUGGCCCUGGGCCUCUGCCACCUGGGUGUUGGUAUUAAAGGUGUGUGCAAACACAACCAAGCUAAAUAAGUAUUUUCUGGAGAGAACCUUUCUUUGUUUUAAUUCUCUAAGAUAUCUCACUACUGGUGUUUUACUGUCAACUAUUUUCUUGAUUUAUUUAUUUAUUAUGUAUACAGCAUGUAUGACUGCAGGCCAGAAGAGGGCACCAGAUCUCAUUAUAGAUGGUUGUGAGCCACCAUGUGGUUGCUGGGAAUUGAACUCAGGACCUCUGGAAGAGCAGUCAGUGCUCUUAACCUCUGAGCCAUCUCUCCAGCCCCUUGUAUUUCUUUUAAACUGUUUGCAAAUGUUUCUUUCUUUUUUUUGGAUCUACACUCAAUGUGGCAGAAACAGUUCUUUUCAUACUGUAUUAGUUCUUAUAUUACAAUAUUUAAAUUGCUUGAAACAAAUACAAAACUAGAUGCAAAUAAGGACAGUCAAGAUCUGACUUUAAUUCAGGUUUUUGAGCAAUUGGUGUUCAAAAACUAGCAGGUGGUUUGUUUCUGAAUACCAGGGCUUCAAAAUGAAGGCAGUUCUGUGAAGGGAAAAAUGCCAAUAAAACGUUAGAACAAAGUUGGUAUUAGAGAUGUACAUGCUAUUGUAACUUCUAAGAAUAACUUACAUGAACUAUGGCAAUCUAUAGACUAAUCAGUGUUGGCCAUUCUCGAUUUCUACCCUGGCAGCACAUGUGUGCUCUUCUUCUGUCAAUGGACCAUGUAAUUUUGUACUAUUUCCAUCUUCUUUUCUGGGAAGAAUAGACUGAGGAGGCCCGUCCUGCACCGCGUGCGGUACGCACGUCGGUGCUCGUCCCUAGGGCCUUCUUCAGUGGGUUUUUCUGGCGGUGUCCUAAGAAUAAGGUCGACUUCAGUAGCCAUGGUGUACAGUCAGCUCUGCCAGGGUGGCUUUUCAGUGCCCGAUGAUGCCACGGGAACUGCCAACAAGGGCUCAGGUGACUACAUAGAUGGCCGUGCUGAAAUCUCAGGUGAAAGGUCUGUUAGCAGCUGAGCACUGAGCUGGAAAGAAGAAACGCUCUGGGAUGAGGCUGCUCAGAUGUAAGCGGGCGCUGCGCCGUUCCUCAGGGCACAGUGUGUGACAGCGACGGGAGGAGGACCGGGGUUGUUUAGUGCAGUGGCUUGCGCUGCCACAGAUGAGGGGUUGGAGAUUGGACCGUACUGCUAAAUGGUUAAGAUCAUUUUCCAUGUGUGCGGGGUGUAGCAAUCCAGAAACUUCUCUUAGGGCCUUCAUGGGAGAAGUUGUUAUGUGGUUCUCUGUCGUAAGUGCAUUCCUGAUCUGUUUUGUGAGUGUGAGAAGAAUGUUUGAUUAUCCAUCUUCACCAACAUACACAGCAGGGGUCAUGAGAAGAAAGGAAUGUGCCAUGGCAAGCAGGGAAGGAGAAAGGAGGUGACAGGCGGCCUCCUCCUGAGUGCCCAGCAGUAGAGGUCACAAGAGCACACUGCAGUGGAACUGGCUGCUGGCUGCUCCAUCCUGAAUGGUCUCCCCAGCCUGUUCAUUUUGUUACACGCUGUGUUCAAACACCAGUCUCUCUCUCUCUCUCUCUCCCUCUGUGCCCGUGUGUGUGUGUGUGUGUGUGUGUGUGUGUACAUACACAUGCACAUGUAUGUGUGAAGACACCUUUCUUUUUCUUUUUCCCUGCUUGACAUGGUACAUGCAUAUUCCUUCUUUGUGUGGCCAAGAGGUAGCAGGCUAAGUCAAGUCUGCUAACUAUAAUUAUUGAAAUAGUAAAGCCGUCUUUAGCCCCAAACUGGAAUGAGCUGAUGACUUUAUGAUUGUCUGCAAUUUGGCAAUGGGCUGAAGCUACACAGUGAGAGGCUAGCGUGUAUUAUUUUCUAGUCCUUGACGUUUUUCCCUUCAUUGGGCCAGCAAGAUGGCUCACUGUGUAAAGGCACUUGCUUAGAAACCCAACUACCUCAGUUCAAUUCUCUGGGACCCACAUGGCGGCAGGAGAGAACAGGCUCCUACAAACUGACUUCGGACCUCCACACAGGCGUUGUCCUAGAUCGGAAGAGCUCGUAGUUCCUGGAUUUGGGGUUUGGAAAUGUACCAAGCUGCAAUAAAUGAGGUGGAAUUUUUAA